AUGCACCUCAUAGACAAACCAGAAGAGGACAAUCGAACGGUCAUCACAGAAUUCAUCCUCCUGGGAUUUGGGAAUCGCCCUGAACUGCAGAUCCUUCUCUUCCUUGUUUUUCUGGUGAUCUACAUUGUCACCAUGUCUGGGAACAUCCUCAUCAUUGCGGUAAUUGUGGCUGAUCAGCACCUUCACACUCCCAUGUACUUCUUCCUGUGGAACUUGUCCUGCCUGGAGACCUGCUAUACCUCCACCAUCCUGCCCAGGUUACUGGUAAGUCUCCUGACUGGAGACAGAACCAUUUCUGUCAGUGGCUGUUUUGCACAGUUUUAUUGCUUUGGUUAUUUGGCAACUACAGAAUGUUAUCUCCUAGCAGCAAUGUCUUAUGAUCGGUAUUUAGCGAUAUGCAAUCCCCUGCGUUAUGCAGCCCUGAUGAAUGGCAGGUUGUGCCUCCAACUAGCAGCAGGGUCUUGGAUAAGUGGAUUUCUAAUUUGUGUAAUAAUGAUGUGUUUUAUGUCACAAUUAACAUUCUGUGGCCCCAGUGAAAUUGACCAUUUUUUCUGUGAUUUUUCUCCAAUGCGAAAACUCUCCUGCAGUGGCACCAGCAUGAUCACACUGGUUAGUCUCAUACUCGCCUCCCUAGUCUCACCUUGCCCAUUUCUAUUAACUGUGACGUCCUAUAUUUGUAUCAUUGCUGCUAUCCUGAGAAUCCCUUCCACUACCGGGAGACAAAAUGCCUUUUCCACCUGCUCCUCUCACCUCAUUGUGGUUGCAGUUUUCUAUGGGACCCUAAUGACUGUGUAUCUGCUACCAAAAACCAAUACACUGAAAGCCCUGAACAAAGUGUUCUCUGUCUUCUACACAGUCUUGACUCCCAUGCUCAACCCCCUCAUCUACAGCCUGCGAAACAAAGAGGUGAAGGAAGCCCUGAGAAAAGUCUUCAGUUAA